CGGCCACACGAUUGGUUAGCGCGGGCGAGUUGUAUGUGUUGACGUUUCAUCAAAACAAAGGCAGAGCAGCUACGUGAGAGUCCCGGGCUAGCAUUUUAUCGCGAUAAUUCGUCGCAAGUGCUUCGCGUCUCUACGUUGUGUUGAUACGUAUACGCGCACGAAACAAAUCGUCGUCUGCAUGCGUCUCUUCGGAUCGUCGUACUAUUCGUGAUUGUUGUUCAGCAAAAAGUCUAGUUUUUUUUUCCUUGUGUAUUAAAUAUGUUUUCCUCGGCGAAAUACAGUUCGGAUGAGCUUUUAGGGGAAUCAUGGGUGGAGGUGAACUCAAUAUCGUCGGAAAGGCGAACACCACUGCCAUUCAGCAGUUCGGAAGAAUAUUUACGACUUCUGAGAGAAGCACAGAGAGACUCAACCCAGUCGUCAGCAAGGCACUCUUUAGCAUCUUCACGUCGGGGUACUCCUGGAGCCAGCCCAAAGAGUCCACCUAACAGCCCAAAUACGGAACUCUGUACUGAUGAUGAGCUCAAAGGCGUCUACAUAAAUUACAGCAACAAGGAAGGUGAAAUCUUAGAUAAAAAUAUGGAUUGGAUUUAUGAGUGGAGCUCACGCCCUGACCAGGCACCACCAAAGGACUGGAAAUUCAAGCAUCCACUUGGAGUGACAAAGAAAAAAUCUUAUAGCAUUCGCACUGCGAAAGUUGGUAAAAAUGGAUUAUUUUCUAAAGAAGUUCUUUAUACUUUAAUCAUCACAAAUGUUUUAUCCCUAUUGCUUGGAACUGGUUUUGGGGUUUGGCUCACCAGGCGAGGUUUAAUGAUGUCCCGCGUUGCUAUUGAGUGAAGAUAACAAAGUGAUGUUAAUUAGGAUUGUCGCAUUCUAGACUUGCAAGAAAGGGGAGAGGAAUAUAAACUGAUAAUUGGAAAGAAUGAAAGACUGAGAAGCCGGUUGGGAGGGCGAUGAGCCUAAAAAAAAUUACAGUUUUAAAAAAAGCGCAUAAAUUUUUGAAGGUCAAUGUUAGUAUCUUCUCUAAAUCCUCCUCCUCUUCGACUAUAAAGUACUUCUUGAGUAAUUUGUAUCUCUUAACUAAUGCGCAUCAUAUGCUUAAUAAAAACAUUUAAAAGAAAAAAAUAAAUAAAUUGACAAGAAAAAAACAAAAAAUAGAGAAGAGAAGAGAGAAAGAAAAUUAUUAUUAAAUGAUAAAAAUACUUUAAAAAAAAAAGAAAAAAGUAUAUAUAUAUAUAUAAGAAAAAAGAAAAUAAAAAAUUAUUUACAGUAGUGGUCUAGACUUUUACGGGAAAGGAAAAUGUGUCCAUUUUAUACCAUUUCUAAUGCGUUUCUAUUUGCGAUAGUCCAUAGAAAUAGCUUGAAUAAUAUUUAUCAGUAAUUGAUUAUAUUGCCUGUUAGAUUGGAAAAAAGAGGCUGGAAUGAAAAAGCAGCGCCAGCAACGAAUGAGAGGGAACGAGAGUGAGACUUAUUGUUAAAUGGAUUGUGUUUUAAGUAUGGAAGUAUGCAGAUAAGGAAAUAAAAUGCGAAGAUUCUCAUUCUAUUCCAAAACAAUUACGAUUUCAUACCCUUUAUUUUGGUAUAAUUUUGACGCAUUAUAUUAAUUAUAUGACUGCAUGAUAAUUUAUAUUUUUAAAAAAUGAAAGAAAGGAAAAGAAAUUAAAAAUUUAUUAAAUUAGAACGUAAAACUGAACUGAUACUCACGACAUUAUAUACGUAAAACGAACGUUUUCUCAAAAGAAAAUUUGAUUAUUUAACAAAAUUACUAAAUUUAUAAUUUUUCUUUUUUCUUUUUAAUGUUAUUUUUUACACCAGCUGUUUGACAUACAGGGUUUAGAUAAAAUCCGUAUUGAAAUGAUAAUGAAUAGAUCAUAAUUAUAUUGGCUU